GGCGGUGGCCGCCGGCCUGCGGGACUCAGGGGCGGCCAAGGGAGGGGACCGGGACGGGGGCCUGCAGGCGUGACCUUCGGAGUCUUCUAGGCGCGGUCUUCGGGAGGCCAUGGGUCGAGGCGGGCUGAGAAAUCGGGUUUUGGAGGUCUGCGGCGAUGGGGCCGAGUGGCAUGCCUCGGGCUCUGGAUGGGGCUGAUUCCGGGGAGCGAGGGUCGGCUGCAGUCUAGGACCCUGGGUGCGUUCGAGAAGGCAGUUGCAGUGGUGAAAAUGGCUGACCUCAGUCUUGCGGAUGCAUUAACAGACCCACCUCCAGAAAUUGAAGGAGAAAUAAAGCGGGACUUUAUUGCUACACUGGAGGCAGAGGCCUUUGAUGAUGUUGUGGGAGAAACUGUUGGAAAAACAGACUAUAUUCCUCUCUUGGAUGUUGAUGAGAAAACUGGGAACUCAGAAUCGAAGAAGAAACCAUGCUCAGAUACUAGCCAGCUUGAAGAUACUCCUAAAUCAACAGUGCUAGCCAAUGGUGAUCAUGGAAUUGAAGGAAAUGAUAAUAUAGGGUCUCCAACUGAAUUCCUUGAAGAGAAAAUGGCCUACAAGGAAUAUCAAAAUAGCCAAAACUGGCCAGAAAAUACAAACUUCUGUUUCCAGCCUGAGCAAUUGGUCAAUCCUAUCCAGACUGAUCCCUUUAAGAUGCACCAUGAUGAUGGCCUGGAAGAAGAUUUCUUUCUCUCCAGGGAAAUAGCCGAUGCUUCAACAUUUAUAGGACAAAAUGAUCCACUGAAAGAUAGUUAUGGUAUGUCUCCUUAUGACACAUUUGCUCCUGCAGCUGUUGUACCUCAAGAGUGGUCUGUGGCAGCCCCAAGUACUCUACACUCAGAAUCCUUUGUUUCCCCAGAGGUCAUCAUAGAACCUCUGCACCCAACUGCAGAGCUAGCCAAGGACAUAGAAAUGGCAUUAGAAGAAGAGAGGCCACCAACAAAAGCAUUGGAAAUGAUGGGACAGACGACUACUAUCAUGGGACCAUCUAGAGAAACAGAGAUGGCCCUGAUCAAAGACAUGGCACCAGCCACAGAAACAAAGGUGGUAUUGGCUGAAGAUAUCAGACUACCCACCAAAUCAGAUGUGGCACUGGACAAGGACAUCCUCCCAUCCAACAAAUCCGAUAUGGCCCUAGUCAAGGAUGUAGUACUUCCCGUAGAAACAAAGGUAGCCUCAGUUAAGGGUGCGGUAUGGCCCAUAGAAACAGAUGUGUCUUUGACCAAGGAUGUGGUACUGCCCACAGAAACAGAGGUAGCUCCAUCCAAUGAUGUGUUACUCUUCAAAGAAACAGAGAGUGCACCACCUAUAAAAAUGGAUUUGGCCUCAUCUGAGGACAUGAUUCCACCCAAAGAAAGAGAGUUAGCCUCAGCCAAGGGUAUGGUAUCACACUCAGAAACUGAGGUUUUACUGGCUAAGAACAUUGUAUCACCCACAGAAAUACUCUCAGCUGAGGAGGUGGCCUUGUCCCCAGAAACAGAGUUGGCCCUGACCAGGAGCAUGGCACUGCCCCAAGAAACCAAAGUGUUCUUGACCAAGGAUGCAGCACUAUCCCUAGAAGCAGAGGUGGCCCCAGUCAAGGACAUAGCUCAACUCCCAGAAACAGAAAUGACCGUGGGCAAGGAUGUGACUCUGUCCCCAGAAAAAGAGUUAGCCUCAUUUAAGGACAUGGCCCAACCCCCCAAAAUAGAAAGUGCUCUGGGCAUAGAUGUGACUGUACCACCAGAAACAGAAGUGGCCCCCACCAAGGACACGUGUCUUCCUCGAGAAACAGGAGCAUCCCUUACAAAGGACCCAGUCCCACCCCAAGAAACAGAGAUAGUCCUAGCUAAGGAAAUGGCUCUGCCCCUUGGAACAGAGGUGACCCUGGCCAACAGUAUGACUCCAGCCAAGAAUAUUGCAUCACUCUCAGAAACAGAGGUGGCACCAGUUCCAAUUAAAGACACAGAAAUUGCACAGACACAAGGAAGUAAGGAUUCCCAUUUGGAAUCUCUCCAGGAUGAGGAACAGACCGCUGCACCUACCUUCAUGAAUUUACCAGAACCAGUCACUGCCAUGGGCCAAAAGUACAACUUGACAACAGAUGAGUCUGUUUUAGAAAAACUAGAGCAAAAGAAACCAUUCAACUGUCAGCCUUCUGAACUUUCUUCAGACACCUCAGCCAACUUCAUGUAUUGCGGUACCCCUUCCACACAAGCCAAACAAGUUUGCAGACCCAGGGACCACAGGUCAACCCAACUUAAGCCUGCCAGGGUCCCUCCUGAGCUAUUGGGAGGCUCUCCUCCACAGAAGAUUCUUGAUCCCAGGUUGGGUUGCUGCUCUUCAUCUGAGUUAGGUUGGGUCUCUGGUUCAUCUUCCUGUGUUGAGCCUGGGAACCAAAGGAAAAGUGUUCACGCUGACUCACUUGAAACCCAGAGGGAUCUUGGCAGGGAGGCCUGGGAUGUACAGAGCAUACCAAUGAUGAUGAAGAAAAAGAAGAAGAAACCAAAGCAAAAGAGAUAUUUUCAACCCCGAGCUGGAGGACCUUGGGAUGAUGACUGUGCAGAUGAGCCUAAAGGUCAUCCCUCUGCAGCUGACACAGCAAAGUCAAGUGUUCUGCUCAGCCAGUCUCCCACUAUCGGCACAGAAUGUAGACUUGUACCCAGAGAAAACCUAAAAAGGGGAUGUAUAGUUGACUCUAGAGCAGGCAAACAGGUAGCUGAGAACUUUGUCUCAGAGGGUCUUAGAGUUUCUUUGUGUCCUUCAGAAAAACCUCCAAAAAGUAUAAUAAAUUCUCAGCCCAAGCUCAGAGUAGAGGAAGAAAGCAAAGGCAGCAAGUCAAUACUACAGAUCCCAGACAAGAAAUUGCUGAAGGGAGAUGAAUAUAAACCACAGCCCAAACCCCUCAUGGAGACUCCUGUGGAGAAAAGCCAGGCAAUAGGCUCUCUCAAUCUGAAAGGACCCCUGACAGAAUUUUCUGCACACAAAGUAGAAACUCCUUUGGCUAUCAGACCCAAAGAGGAUUGCUCUCCUAUCUCAGACCAAGAGGUUAAGGAUGGAGUUUUAAAACCCACUGCAGCAAAAGAACAGCCUAAUCUGAUACCCACUUUGACAACAAGUAAUCUGUUAGAAAGUAGCCUAAAAGAAGGGAAUGAUGAAAGUAAAAUGACUAUACUGCAGAACGUCAAACAGAAAGAGUCUCCCGAAGCAGCUGAAGAGAGUAAAGUACUAAAAGGGGAAGCUUUUCCCAAGCAAAGUCAAGAGAUCAGCACGUUUGCUUCUGAGCAGCUGCAGGGCCAGAUGUCAGUGCAGGUCCCUGGGCUAGAGAACGAAGCAUUUAAGAGAGUGGCAGAUGAUGGCAAAAGCAGGAAGGGAAGGGGAAGUUCUGGGAAAGUGAAAGCAAAUUCUGGGAAGGCAAGAGCAAAAUCUGAGCUGCCAUUUGUUCUGGAUAGCCAGAAGGACGGAAGGGCCGUUCUUAUACCGAGUGAGCCAAUCCCUAAAACUGGAGGAAUGACUACUCAGGAGAAGAGUGAGAAGCUGGGGCUGGAUUCUUCAAAGCAUCCAGGAACAAUAGCUGAUCUCACUGUGGUGAUGGGAGAGCUUAAGGUGACAACUCACCCUAAAGAAUCAAAUACCUCGCAGCCAUUAAUGCCUUUGGGAAAUGGGUCAGGCAUGACUCAGACUUCUGAUGUUUGGACAGAAAGAGAAGCUGUAGUCAAAGAUAGGGGUGUCAGUAACCAGAGCAAGGAAGGAAAGUGUCCUUGGAUGGAUCAUGAGGCAGCUUCCUGGAUUUCUGAAAAGCCUAAAAAGAAAGGCAAUGAAGGCAAAACCAAAAAAUUUAAAAAUAAUUAUUCCACACAGCCUACUAGAGUGGAGAGGAAGGAAGAAAUCCUAGACCUACCUUUUGUAGGGAAGGAUGGAAAUGCUGUUAGUAUCCCCCAUAAAAAUAGGGAUUUAGGACUCAUUUCCCCCCAAAUGCAUUAUCCUUUGUUCUCACAUACAUCAGAUACACUCACAUCGGAAGUAGUUGACAGAAAGGGUGGAGAUGUUGAGGCUCAUUCUUUUGAGCUUGAAACUCUUGGGGAGAACAAAACAGACCCAAUCAAGGCUUCUGUUAUCGAAAUGGCUGCCAAGGUGACAGAUGUGAACUGCCAAGACCAAAUCCAGGGGGCUGAAUUUGUUCCUUUAGUAUUGUCUGAGGAGAAUAAGACAGAUGCAGCCAAGGGAUAUGCCGCAGUGGCUGAGAAACCAAAGAAAAGGAGUAAUGAUGGAAAAAGUAAAAAGGUUAAAAAUAGUUCUCCAGAGAAGCACAUUCUGGAGAAUAAGAUAGAUGCAACAAAAAUACAUGUUCCUAUGGAAACCACAGGGGACCACAAAGUUGGAGCAAUGGGCUAUGUGGACGAAAAUAGAAAUAUUACAUUUACCUGUCCCAGAACACUGUCAGAACCGAUAAAUAAGUCAGUUUCUCUAGAGGCUCUGGAAUCAGCAGCCUGUGAAAAACUGUCUGCUCCUACUUCUCAAGUAGUAAAGGAAAUUGAUUUCUUUCCAGAUACCUUGGCAAAAAGUGGGCAAGGGAUCGCCCCAGCCCAGAUGCCCAAAUUAUUAGUGGUAGAUAACUACAACAAAGAUGGAGUCUCAGGUCAAGAAAGCCCCAAAGCUUCCUCUGUUGUUGUGCAUUCUGCAAACACAGGAGUUGUUCUACCUUUUACAGCAGCCAUAGAAACAGUUAGCGGUCAGGGAGAUCAUUGUACUAAGAAUAAAGGUGAGCUUGCUGAUUCUCUGAAAAAUGAAGCAGGGAUCAAUGAAGGGCAUGUGGUAGGGGAAUCUGAGUCAGUGCAUAGUGGUGCAUCCAAGCCUUCAAAAGAGAAAAUCACAGAGCUAGCAAAAGGGCACCUUCUUCCUGGAGUGCUAGUAGAGAACCAGAGCCUCUCAGGAGAGGUCAGAGGCCCAGAAGCAGAUAGGGGUAAAGCCCCAGCAUAUCCAGUGAACAAAGAGAAAGACACUGAGGAAGGUUCUGCUCCACUUCAAAUUCCUGACUUAUUGACAGACAAAGUGCAAAAGCUCAGUUUCUAUGAGGACCAAAAUGCUGAGGAGAAAGAUUCCAAGGGCCCAGAUAGUUUGAAUAAAGAAGGGGAUGUAACUCUUUUACCUCCAAAAAAUGAAAAGGAUAACUUGACAGAAAUUAAUCUGGCUUGUAAAAUCACAAAAUUGGAAUGUGCUUCCUUGUCGACUUCAGAACUCCAGUCAGAUAGUAAAGUUGAAGCUCCUCGUUCAGGAGUGGUAGAUAAGUUGGUCAUGACUACUUCGAAAGGUCUUCAACUUCCUGGACUCAGUGAUAGGGUCUUGGAGGCACCUCAGAAAAUGACAGAAAAAUCAGAAUCAAAGACACUGAGAGAAGGGAAGAAGGAAGAUAAAAGCAGAAUGGCAGAACCAAUGAAAGGCUAUAUGAGACCUACCAAGUCCCGAGGACUUACUCCACUUUUUCCAAAGUCUACAAUCCAAGAACGAGAGAGAUCCAAGCAGUUGAAGUCCAGUGGAAUAGCCAGAGCUGAAGAAGGACGGCUUGCUGUGAGUGUGACUGGAAAUGACAUCACCACCCCACCAAACAAGGAGCUGCCACCAAGCCCAGAGAAGAAAACAAAGCCUUUGGCCACCACUCAGCCUGCAAAGACUUCAACAUCGAAAGCCAAAACACAGUCCACUUCUCUCCCUAAGCAGCCAGCUCCCACCACCCCUGGUGGUUCGAAUAAAAAACCCAUGAGCCUUGCAUCAGGCUCAGUACCAGCUACCCCACCCAAACGCCCUGCUGCCAUCACUGCCCGGCCUUCCAUCUUACCUUCAAGAGACAUAAAACCAAAGCCUGUCACAGAAGCAAAGCUUCCUGAGAAGCGGACUUCACCAUCCAAGCCGGCUUCUGUCCCAGCCAUCAGACCUGGAUCUAAGAACACCCAGACUGUUCCAAAAGCUACAACAGCUGCUCUUGCCUCAGCUGGGCCAAGCAGUAGGAGCCCCCCUACACCCCUGCCCAAGAGGCCCACUGCCAUUAAGACGGAGGGAAAACCUGCAGAAGUCAAGAAGAUGACUGCAAAGUCUGCACCAGCUGACUUGAGUCGCUCAAAGAGCACCUCCACCAGUUCUGUGAAGAAAAACACCACUAUUGGUGGGACAGCUCCGCCUGUAGGGGUGGCUCCUACUCGAGUCAAGCCCAUACCCACAGCUUCUCGGCCCUCCACAACUCCUUCUAUGGACAAGAAGCUCAGCUCAGCCAAAUCCAGCUCCACUGCCCCCAGGCUGAGCCGCCUGGCCACCAGUGCUUCUGCCCCUGAUCUGAAGAAUGUCCGCUCCAAAGUUGGCUCCACGGAGAACAUCAAGCAUCAGCCUGGAGGAGGCCGGGCCAAAGUAGAGAAAAAAACAGAGACAGCUGCAACAUCUCGAAAGCCUGAAUCUAAUGCAGUCACUAAAACAGCUGGCCCAAUUGCAAGUGUACAGAAACCACCUGCUGGGAAAGUCCAGAUAGUCUCCAAAAAAGUGAGCUACAGCCAUAUUCAGUCCAAGUGUGGUUCCAAGGACAAUAUUAAGCAUGUCCCUGGAGGUGGUAAUGUUCAGAUUCAGAACAAGAAAGUGGACAUCUCUAAGGUCUCCUCCAAGUGUGGGUCCAAGGCUAAUAUCAAGCACAAGCCUGGUGGAGGAGAUGUCAAGAUUGAGAGUCAAAAAUUGAACUUCAAGGAGAAGGCCCAGGCGAAGGUGGGAUCCCUCGAUAAUGUGGGCCACCUACCUGCAGGAGGUGCCGUGAAGACUGAGGGCGGUGGCAGCGAGGCCCCUCCGUGUCCGGGCCCCCCUGCUGGGGAGGAGCCGGCCAUCUCUGAGGCAGCGCCUGAAGCUGGCGCCCCCACUUCAGCCAGUGGCCUCACUGGCCCCACCACCCUCUCAGGGGGUGGUGACCAAAGGGAGGCCCAGACCUUGGACACCCAGAUCCAGGAGACAAGCAUCUAAUGAUGACAUUCUGGUCUCGUCUUCCAUCUCCCCUGUGUUCCCCCUCUUGUCUUUCCCUCUCCCUCCCUCUUUCCUCCUUUGUCACUGCAGAUUGAGACCUACAGGCUGACGUUCAGAGCAAACGCCAGGGCCCGCACCGAUCAUGGGGCCGACAUUGUCUCCCGCCCCCCCCACUUCCUUGGUGGGCCUAGCUCAGGCUCUCGGGCCCUGGGCUCCCUCUCCCGGGCUGUCCACUAGACCUGUGAGCACUGGGGCUCUGGGCAGCCCACUGGGUCCUUCUUCCCUCCUGCCUCGCUUGCCCAGGGCAGCUGCAGUCUGGCCCCCACACCUCCUUUCACUCCCUGCCCAGGCCCACCUCCCUGCUUGGCUCUUGUCCCUUCACUGCGCCACUGCUGGAGGAAGGAGUGGGGGUAAGAAUGCUAUGGUGGGAUCUAGGAGGGGGGAACAGGAUUUCAACCUCCUUGGUUUGGUUUUUUUUUUUUUUUUUUGACCAAACCUUAAAUAAACUGACAUGCCUUCCCUCCUCCCUGGAUCUACCUGGAGGGAAGAGUGGAGGCAGAUUCCAAGUGAUGACUGGAUGCUGACCACUUCCCCUAGAGCCUGCUCAGCCACGGCCCCUCCCUUUGACCCCACAAUAGCACCCACCACUCAGGUGGUUUCUGGUCCCUCUUGCUGCCCUGCCCCAAGUUAGUCAGGGGUCAGUGCUGCCUGGCCCUGCUGCUUACCAUACCUGCCUAGCUGCUGUUACACUUUUUUCUUGUUUUAUCCUUUUAUUUUCUAAUAACCUAUAAACUGGUGGAAUAGUUUUGCAGGUUGAUGCCAUGUGUAAAUGAAAGUCCUCAGUAGGUGUUAAAGGAAACAGAGGGGAGAUCCUUAAGCCUGCACCCAGGAGGAUGUCAGGCUGGGCACCUUAAGAGCCCUGGAGAUGGUUUCAGUAGGGAAGUGAAGUAUGGUGGCUGUGGCUGGUGAGCAGGUCAGGCACACUAGGGGCUGGUCAGUGUGGACUGGUGGUUUGGCAUUUUGUGUGUAUGCUGCUUUUCUAACCAAGAGGCUGGUUUGGACAUCUCUGUCACAUUCCCUGGGAUCUGUGGUCUGACCUAGUAUAUAAGGUCAGGGCUAGAGAAACAGGAAAGGGCCAUCAAGUCCACAGUCCUUCUGACCUAUACCUGUGGCCUAGGACACUCAAGCCCUCUGAUGUCCAGAACUCAUGUGGAUAGUGGUGAAUCAGGUCUGAAAAUUAAAAAAUAAAAGGCAUGUAACUGAGGCCACCCUACUUCCCAUACAGACUUAGAGAGGGAGGAGAGGUGAGGCCAGCUUGCAGGGUGUGUCCCAGCUAGGCCCAGUCUUGGGAUGUCUGCAAUAAUGAGAAAUCCCGGGAAUUGUAUUGACACAAAGAUUCUUAUUGCACUUGUAUUUUUUUGUAUUAAAGUUUGCAUGGUUUCUAAUAAAGGAUUAAAACAUAAGUUUGUAGUGAAAUGGCCUGAGAGUUUCCAAGGACUUCUCUGGAGGGGCAUUCGCUGCAGUGCAGAUUUGCCUCUCAGGAGGGUGCCUCAGACUUAGGCCCUGGAGCCCUCUUCCCACCUUUUACCCCUCACUGCUCCUGGCAAAGGUCUCUACCUAGGUUCAGGUGAUCCCCGUGUAUAGCGAAGGCAUCUAUGUGCCUGAUGGAUCCUCCUCCUUUCUGAGGUAACAGUUUCCUGGGGAGGUUUGACAUCUUCAACUCCUCCAGCACAUACCAAGAAAUUGCAUGGGGUUUGUGGAAAAGUGCUGCCUAAGCCAGGGGGACCAGCUUUCCUCCUCAGACAGAAUGCUUCAACCAUGCAAGGGACAUUAAAGAGCACCAACCAGUGUCUGUCAGCAGGAGGAAGUGGUGAGAUGAAACUAGGGAGAAGGAAGCAAUGGGGGUUGUUGGGUGGCAAGGAAACAAAGCAAGAGUAAUAGUACAGGGCCUAAAGGUACCUGCCCCCUCUACUGUGUUGAUCCUAGGAUCGUGAAAAUGCUGAGAUUCACAACAGGCUCCGAGUCCUUCCACUCCUUUGGCCAAGAGGGGUGGGGGGCAGGUAACCCAAGUGGGAAGCUCUGUAGGUAGAAUAGCAGACAUGGUCAGUGUUCUUAGAGGUUGUCUUAUCACAGCUCCCUUGAAGGGCCCCACAGGCCAGAGAACCUGAGAAGUCUGGCCUGACAGGUGGGGACCAGAGGCCCCUAUGUGAUGUACCACUCUGCAGCCAUUUAAGUGUGGGACAUUUCUAUACUUCCCCAUUUGCUUAUGGUUCAGCCACUACCCAUGUCAGUCUGUGAAUUCUGUUGUAACAAUUUUAAGAGUAAAUAAAGCUGCCUGAUGUCCCACCA